AUGUUGCUUCUGAACAUCCUGCUCAACGGUAAACCAGGGGAUGGGAAAACGACGCUAAGCAAAGAACUUGCACCAAGAUUGGGGCUGAGAUAUAUUAAGGUGGGUGAUUUAACUCGAGAAGGGCAGGUGUAUGAUGGCUAUGAUGAAAAGCAUGAGUGUCCCAUUUUACAUGAGGAUAGAGUAGUUGAUGAGUUAGAAAACCAAAUGAGUGAAGGUGGAGUUAUUGUUGAUUACCACAGUCGUGAUUUCUUCCCUGAACGCUGGUUUCAUAUAGUUUUUGUGCUGAAAACAGGUAACAAUGUAUUGUACAAAAGACUUGAAACAAUGGGUUAUAAUAAGAAGAAACUGCCCUGGCCGGUUUGGCUCAGCGAUAAUGUUCAGUGUGAAAUUUUUCAAAUUAUUUAUGAAGAAGAAUUAGCAUCCUACAAGGACAAAAUAGUGCAUCAGCUACCCAGCAGUUAA